AUGAUGGCUUUGGUUGGUUGCUCUUUUUCACUGUACCGCCGCAGACACAUUCUGACAGCACUUCAGACAGCAGCUUUGUGCCCCGCCAGCUGCUUGUUCCAUGCCUACCAUGGUGUUUUUGUACAGACAGCACUUCAGACAGCAUUAUGCUGUAGUCGGCAAUCUUCCGUUUUGGUAUAGAGUGGGACAGGGAGGGGGUGAUGCUACUGUAGUCGAACGGUGGGACGGACGUGCAGUUCAGUUUUUGGGCACGCAUACGGUGCUGCAGGGAUUUUUAGGUGUACCUCUUCGGGCUCUUGGAUAUCUUUUUCUCGUUACAUGUGUGCGUGUUCUUUAGAUCCU